UCACUUCUCAUGGAAGUAGACGGUGGAACAACGGAGUAAAGUGAAACAAAUGGGCGUUCCCGUUCCAUUUCAUUAUUUCAUUUUGUUUUUACUUUGGAAACGUAAACAAGAGUGUUAAAAGUGUUUAUACAGUUAUUUUAUUAAAAAAAUAUUACAUUUAGUCUAAUUUAUGAUCACACACAAUAGUAAAUAAUACUGAAAUCAAGUUUUCCUAUUCUGUUUUAUUUGAAGAUAUUUCAGGAUGAAGAGGAGAAGUUUAGCAGGUAAUGUUGGCGUGGGAAUAUUUGCUCUUGCAUUCGUUUCAAUAUUUGUUGCAUUCUUCUCUGCAUCAUGGUUGGUGAGUGAUGACCGCAUCACAGGAGCCAAAUUACAAAGACUAGGACUAUGGACUCACUGCUUUAGGUCCUUACCUGAUCCACAAGAUGAAUACCAGCGAAGAUUUUUUGUUGGUUGUCGUUGGAUAUUUGACCCUUUCACUACUGGGUAUGACCAAAUCAGAGGUUACCUUAUGCCAUGGUUUAUAAUAUGGACACAGUUCUUUUUUACUUUGGCAUUCCUAGGAAUUCUUGCCAGUUUUAUUCUUGUGCUUCUGUUCUUUUUGUGUUUUGGUCCUGACCAGACUCGAUUCGUUCAACUUAUCACAUUGAUUGGAGGGAUUCUGCUGGGUGUUGGUGUGUGUGGAGGACUGGCUGUUAUCGUAUUUGUGUUGUUUGCCAACAGAAGCAACUGGAUGCCUGGUCAUUCAAACAACUUUUUCGGGUGGUCGUUUGCUCUAGCAGUGGCUGGUGUAAUUGAAGCAUUAAUUGCUGGGACUUUAUUUAUGGUUGAGGCAAACAUUCAAAAAAAGAAAAGAACCUAUAUGAAGGAAUCUCAAACUAGAUUUGAGAUGGAACAGGAGACCAAAGCUUAAGAUCUUCAAGACUUUCUUUGUAAAAGACUGGGCCUUGUCUUUCUGUAGGUCUUCAUUUCUAGAAAGUCAUUGUGUCAUACAGUGCAAUUUGACUUUUUAUACAAAUUUUUAAAUCCUUCUUAAGUUUAUGUGCACAAGCAACAAGUACCUAGAUUUUUAGAAGGGAUAUAUACACAAACAUUUUUUUAUAUACUAAUUUUUAAAAUUAAAUACAAAACUAGGUUUUAUAAAGAAAAUAAAAUAUUAAUCUUUAGUUUUCUCUAAUUAAUAGUGUGAGAAAUGAAGCAUUAACAAUUUAAAGCAAACAUGUUUUUGUAACUUUAUAUACCUGUUACAGAUUGAUUGAUUGAUAACAUGAUGUAAAAACUAACUUGCCAAAUCUUCCAAUAACAAAAUAAUAGUUUUACUAAUGUUUGAAGUUGAAUAAAUAUAAUGAGUUAUGUUAUUACUGUAUUGUUAUAAAGUAGCAUAUACUAGUAUGAUAAUCUUAUGUACUGUGUUACAAUUGUGUUAAGGGUUAAAUAUGAUUGAUAUGAUAUGAUGAUAUGACAAAUGUAAAUCAUAUUUAACCCUUUGAGUGCCGUGCUGAUUUCCUGAAGUUGUAUGCAUAAAGUGCUAGGCGGUAUUCUAAAAUAAUUUAAACCUGAGUGUUUAGAGAAAGUGGGAGUAAUUUUAUUUUGUUACAACCAUCACAGGAUCAUGUACGUUAAUAAUUAGUAAUAUUUGAUAAUGCAAGUCCUAAAAGAGGGAAUAAGAAACUGUCUAUCGAAAUAAAGAAUUUAAAGUUAAAUAGGCUAUAUGGCAAUUAAAAAAAAUUUGCAUUCUAGUCAUGAUACUUUUAGUAACAGCUGGUUUUUACUAAUCAAUAAGCUUGUUUUUAAUUUUUGCUUUAUAGUCUUACCAAAUUUGAUCUAAGCAGAACGAACAUAAAGAAUUCAUAAGAAAACUAACAUGAACACAAUGUAUGGUGUUAAAAUAGUAAUAUUCGCCACUUUUACUUAUUUUGUGUUUAGAGGUUUUUCAUCUUCAUCAUAAUAGCUUAAAACUCAUUUAAUUUUUGAAGAAUUGCUUAAGUUAUUGAUAUAUACGAUUGAUGUAACGGUUAUGUGAAUUACAUAGUUGUAUAUGUAUUGAAAUCUAGGUUUUUUCACAACCAACUUAGGCUCUCAUUGUGAUAAAAUACAAUAUUAAAAGACAUAUGUCAAAAUGUUAAUGGUUUUAAAAAGUAAAUAUUUAAGUUUUAAUAAUGUUUAAACAAUAAAAGCUUAUCAUUUCAAUGUAUACAACACCGGCACUAGAAUUUACUAUGUACAAAAACAAACUUGAUUAUAAAUAUUUGCAUAAAUUAUAUGAUAAUGAUUUAUCUGAUUAUCAGGGUUAUUGACUAUUCCAAACUUUGAAUUUACAGGCAACAUUUUACCUAUUUUCCACCAACGUCAAUGAAUUCUCCAUAAUUUAUUUAUUAUUAAUCUUUUUAUGUGAGUUAGUUUGUUAAUGUAGCCUACUACUAGCAGUAUGAAUAUACAAUUUGUACGAAAGUAAAGCACCAUAAACAUGUUUUUCAAUAUAGUGUUCAUGUAAUGUUCUACUAUAUUAAUAAUUUUAAAUAUUAUAGGUUAAGUUAAUAAUCUAGAUCAUUAUACCAUUUGCAAUAAAGAAUUUACAAAUCUAUUAGCUUUCAAAGCAGCUAAAGCUCUAAGCAUAUUUAGAGCUGUAAAUAUGAAUGGGACUUUCCAAAUGUAAUCUAUGACAAUUUUAAGAUUAGCUCAGUUUAAACUACACAAUAAUUUUGUUUUUGAGAGUAAUUAUAGUUUUUUCAAUACUAAUGAUUUAAUAACCAAAAUACAAUUCUUGAUGCCAAGGUACUUUUUUAAGUUAACAGAUGAGAGAUCGCACUCACUUUCAGAACACAAAGGAUCAUGUGAUGGCAUAUUACAAACAUUUUAUACACAUAUAUAUAUAUAUAUAUAUAUAUACAUUUAUUAAAAAAAAAAAACAAGUACUGUAAAGGUGGACGUAAAAUUUAUGUUCGCAUAUUAGGAAAUUAUUAUAUGUACAUUUUUAAGCUUUUAAAUAAAAUAUUUGUUAUAUUUAAAAAGAAAAUUUGUCCUAAAAAAACAUGUUACACAGAACUUGAAUUAUCAAGUAAGUGAUUGUAUUUGUAAUUUUAAAUUCUUGUCAGAGGGAUAUUACUGAACUGGGUGCAGAGAACUAAAGAGUAUAAUUAUUAAAAAAAGUGGGCUAAAAUCCAACGGAUAUCAGAGUUGUGUGAAGAAAUGAGAAGAGAUAAGACAAGCACCCAAGUUGCUAAUAGUGUAAUCACAAAAAGAUUACCAAAUUCUGUAAAAUGCGGCAAACAUCUGUGGUGCGACCUUUCACCACAGAAAUAUGAGAAAAUAUAUCUGCAACAUGGUUCUCUGUGUAAAUACUUUUGAAAGAAGCAGUAAUUUUUUUAAAGUGUUGAUUCAGAUAUUAUUUGCAAUCAAAAAUUAGUAAUUGAUAACAUAAUUGUUAACAUUUAAUAUAAUACAAAUGAUACAUAAUAGUAAAAAUAGGACGAAAAACAUAUCCAUGUCAUAGAUUAUCAUCAUAGAUGUCCCAUAAAAAUAUAAAUUUAUAUGAACUAGUUUAUUUGUUAGUCGUAUCAAUAUUAUUAUGUUUGUUGUAAAAAAAAUCAUUUAAAAGAAUGUUCACAUCAUCAAGAUCUGUUUAUAUAUAAUAAGUUUACAUUAAUGUUGAUCUGAGAUCAUUCCGUCCGUAUUGUUAUUAAUAGUGUUUUGUGCCUAGCAAGAAAUAGAUUGUUUUUCAUUUUACAUUCCAGUUCAAGACUGGUUUUAAAAACAUUCUGUACAUACAGAGCCAGUACUAAUGAUUUUUUGCCUUAUUUAUCAAAAAUACAUUUAUGAAUUUUUAUUGAGUUAUAGAGUUAACUCAAUAUUUUGUAUGUGCUACUUAAUAUAAAAUGAACAUAACUCAUGACAAUCAUAUUAUGGUGAAGGUUGGACUUGUCAUAAGGAUGUUUAGGUAAAUGGGCGUAGUUUGAAAUAUGUCAUAUUUUGCCUAUCAUCUAGAAAAGUAGUCAAAGUGAAGUCUAUGAUUUAGGACAGUGGGUUUUUAAACUUUCCCCUCCCCAAAUUUUACCAAUACAUAUUUUGUAGUUUUUGUUUCAUAUGGAAGGAAAUUAGAUUAAAUGCAUAAAAUGUGUUUUAAAGUGAGUAUUUCUUCACAUUUUCCAAGGAAAGAUCCCUAAACCCUUAAUUCUAUGGUGUGUAUUCCAUAAUCUGCAGAUUCUCCAGUUGUGAUGCCUCUCCAAACUUCACGUUAAAUCCACAUGCGAGUCUAUGAGCGUUAUAAUGAUCAUCAGCUUAUGUGUACCCAAGUACAGUGCACAUUUGAAUAGUGUUCUGUCUUUUUUAAAGUUCUUCAUAUUUGGUUGGACGAAACAUGCUGCAUGCAAGGUUAAAAACAUUUUCUGAGUGGGCAUGGCUGUCUAAAGUGUCGUUAAAAGUUCAUAAUAGUGAGUGGAACUCAAGUCCAGGAUCUACUGGUCUUUCUUGAUUGAAUAGUGUAAACUUACUAGUUUAGAUUCUUGUUGCAGAUAUUGACUGCUACUAUUUAUAUUUAUCAGUCCUGAUUUGUAACCAGAGUGGAAGUCUUUACUUUCUUCUACAAAUGCUGUCUGCACUUUUCAGGCACUCAUAUCAUUCACUUCACAAUUAGUUGUACUCAACUUAAAUCAGAAGUGUUAUAAUUUGUUCAAAUUAAUUAAUUAAGGUUGUAUGUAAUAAACAUGUUGGUUAUUAAUGUACAUUUUGUAGAAUUAUAGUCCGUAUGUAGGUGAAUGACUGAGCCAAAUUGUAACCCCAGUAUAACUCUAUUGUUAAAAUUUUGUGCAGUCAGAAGUGUAUUUGGAUCAAAUGUUAAUCAAUUAUUUUUCUGCCUUUAUUUAAUAAUGGUUUAACACUUGUGAAGGAUACUAUUCAACAAUAUGUUAUCACAGUUUUAUCUUUGGGCUUUGUAUAUCUCCACCACUAAGGAUGAUAUGUCCCAUUGGAAAGUAUAUGAAAUUUAAAAUAAAAACAUUUGCUUAGACCAACUUAGUAACAUUUUUAAAAGCAAUGAAUUACUGAAAUAUAGUACUCUAAACAAGUCAAAGAUCAUGUGUGCUAGCUCUGUGUAUUUUGUAUAUAUUAUUUCACCAAUGUCAAGUUUAAAUCUGAAUUUAUUGUUGUUGUAUAUACUUAAACGCACAGCAUUCCAUUUAUUUACUUUGCUUCAGCACUAAAAGUAUAAUAAGAUGUACAUUAUAGACUAAUAUAGUGUUAUUAUUAAUUCACCUAGAGUAUUUUAGGAUUAUAUUUUUAAACAAUAGUACAUGCCUUUUGCGUUGUGCAUCCUAUACUGUAUCCGUCCAUUUUUAUAUAAGAUACAUUAUUUGUAAGGAUUUUAUUUUUAUAUUUUUAUUGUAUUUAACCAUGAACAAAUGUUUAAUUAUUGGGAGAUCUUAAUAAAACUUGUGUUUUAGUGGAACACCUUAUAGUGAUUUAAAAAUAUGAGUAUUAAAAACAAGUAUUUUUUACAACUGCUUUAUUAUUGUUAUGAUUGUCAAAAUGAAAUCCCUAGCUAAAUUGGAUUCAUAAUAGUCUGUUUUACUUAAACUUGCGAACAUAUUUGUCAUCCAUAGCAGAGUCAAACCUAAUCCUGAUUUCCAGUUCUGGUAUUAUGGUAUUGUGCCAAGUUAGCAUUUAAAAAUUACUUAUCUGAUCAGGUAAGACCCUUAAUAAUUACCAUGAAAGAUUAAAUUGAAUUGUUUAAAUUUCUAUCAUUAUUAUGUCAUACAAUUGGGAAAAUAAUACAUUUGUAAUUGAAUUUCCUUGUAGAGGACUGUACUAUUUCUAAAUAAUUGAAGAUAAAUAAUCUAUUACAAUGUAAUUAAAUAGUAUCUAUUAUUUAUUAUUUAUUAAAUACUAUUCCCUUUAGUAUCUCAAGUUUCAGUAAUUUUCUUACAGAAAUGAAAAUUACACCCUGAAUGUAACAUUUUGAUCUGCUAAUCAUGACAGCUAUAUUUGGUUUUUUUAUGAAAAGGGACAGGAUUUCUGCUCUGAACACAACAUUGUAUUUGAAAAUGAAAUAAUGCAGUCAUCCAAAAUAUAUAAGAAUACUCUCCCCCAUUAAUGCGAGUGAAUUGUGAUCUAAAAAACAGUUUAAUAUAAAUGGUUCUAAUGUUUCAAUUGAAUGCAAUAAAUGUCUAUUAUUUGGCAGUCAUAUCGGCAAUGUUUAGUUGUCAUAUGUGUCAUAAGGGGGGAGGGGGUGGUAAGAGUAUCUAAAUAUCAUUUAGCAAAAUUCUGUAGUGCAGACCUACGUAUAGUUAAUAGUAUUACUAGACCAGACUCUCAGAUUGUGCUGUGAGUAGUUAGUUAUUCCAGUGAAACUUCUGUGUUUAAAUUUUCUUGACCGGUUAAUUGUUAUUAGAUAGCCAAAUGGAUAAUGUGUAUAUCACCGUAAGAGUGUAUACUAAUAAAAUAAGUAACCUACAAAAAUAUUUGUUGCACAAAUUAUAUAGUCUGUUUUACUUUUAAGUAUAUUAUAAUUUUGAGAUAGACCAACAGUCUUGUAAUGACAAUCUGUAAAAUAAUAGUACAUACCAUUGAAAAGACAUGCAUUUUCAUCUUUUUUUAUUCUGUUGUAGUAAUUAAACCUUACUUUUUAUUACAUUUUUAGAACAUUGUGAUGUAAGGAAAAAUAUAUUGUUAUUAACAUAAUGAAGUACAUUGUUUAAAAAAUCUCACCAUGAACAAUGCAGUUUUAUUUAGAAUUAUUAAAUUUAACGUGGUUUAUUGUAAAAUGUUCACCUUUUUAUAGAAAAAUGUAUUCCUUAAUAGUUUUCAUACACACACUAAGGAUUUUAUUGAUUGCCUCUCCAUAAAAAUUUGUAUUAAUUUUAAGUGACAAAUACAUUGAAGAAUACAGUAACUCCUAAUUUGUUUUGCUAAAAGAACAAAUUUUAAAUUUUUUUAUAAAGGUCUCAAAACAAACCUAUCAUAUUUGCAUCGAACCAUUUCACUAAGAAACACUGAACUUAUACAGUUACAAAAUGGACAUCAGCUCAAGACAAUGUUUUGCCUUUUACAGAUCAUUUUGGUACAACAAAAAGAUUUAAUGUACUGAAUUUCAUUUUAAAUUUGUUCAAGAAAAUAAAUUUCUAAGGUUAAGUAAAUGAUAUUAAGUUGUCAUUUCACUUAAAGGUCAUACAAUUUGUUGAUGUUCUACAGCUUGUUAGUGAUGCCAUUUCAUAUCCAGUGACUUACAAAGGCACAUCUCGAGAUUACAUUUUUAAACCUAAGUAGGGGAGUGAACAAUAAAGUGAAUAAAUCUUAUCAGUAGACUCCUAUUUUUUUGAAACAACAAUUAAUAAUGGGACAUUGUGGAGUAGUUUCAAUCCAUGUUUUGGUAUUAUCACAAUGACAACUCACAAUUAAAUUAAAGUGAAUUACUAUGCAACUUUACUGAUUAUAAUAAAUUAAUUACUUUCUCUAUUUUUAAUUUAUAUUCUACAGAUGAAAAAUGCACAAUCUACUGAAAAAACUGUCAGGCUUAGAAUUAAAUUAUGGAGACUAAUACAAAUACAAUACUUUCAACCUUUUAUGCAUUGUUAAAAUUAUGAAAUAGAUUAAUAAUAUACCUUCCUUGAAACUAGAUGAAGUCAGCUUUAAAGUGUGAUUUUAAUAAUUUCUAGGGCUUAAUAAAUGAAUUACUUUUUACAACACAAAUUUUAUUAAAUCAAUUGUACAUAUUCAUGUUUAAUUGUAAACGUGAUUUCUUAUUAUUGCAAAGUUAUUUAUGUUUUUAUUUUACUUUAACUGCCUCUUCUACUGACACUAAAACUUAAAAUGGACAAUAAAAGGAAUAUAAUUAGGCAUAAAUUACUUUUUAAAAUAAACAAAAUUGGUUUUAAAAUUAUGAUAAACGUUUAAAAACAUGCAAUUGGAUAUGAUCUAAAAACUUUGAUUGUAUUGGUCCAAGAAUCGAGUAUAUAGACCAAGCUAAUUUCGUUGAUUUGAAGCACAGUAAUGUAGGUGACCAACUGUGUGCAGUUGUCAGUAAUAAUACAUUAUGUUUUUGAUAAAUAAUUAAAAUACCUAUAAUGUUGUACCAUAAUGAGGUGUAUUGAAAAAUAAAGCCUGAGUUUUUACCAAAGCAAAGUGUACCAAACUGAAAUUUUCUUUACCACAUCUGUCCUAAUUCUUAGUAUGUAAUUUUAUGUAUGGUUGACAUACAGAAGUGGAGACCUAGGUAUGUGAUUAUCCGUAUUUUAUCAAGUUGAGAUUGAGUUUGUAUUGACAUGUAUCAGUUAUUGUGAAGUUAUGAAUAUGUGUUUCACUGAACAUAGUUUGUAAUUUCUUCCAUUAUGUUUGUCCAAGAGGAGCACUAAGAUUCUGUAGAUAAGUAACAAUUAAUUGUGUACAAAAUGAAAUCCUGAAAAGGUAGUUAAUGCUGCAUUGUUAAGAUAGUUUUGUUUUAUGAAUGCCAGCUGCAGCAUCUUUUGUACUGGUAAGCAUUGUUCAGUAAUAAAAAUAUAAAGCUUGUUA